AUGACUUCGGCAGACAUCUCUGAAGGUACCACCGAUCCUCGCAUUGACGAGACGACGGCCUUACUCGCUCCACCAGCCAAUGUACCACCGCCCCUUGACGAUGAGCAAGGUGUUACACGCAACGGCCACGCGGACGAAGAUGACAAGCCGCUGCCAAAGGAUCAGAUCUUCUUCCUCUCCUUUGCGCGUUCGGUCGAGCCCGUGGCGUUCUUCUGCAUCUUCCCCUUCAUCAACCAGAUGAUCUGGGAAACAGGCGAAGUUGCGAAGACAGACGUUGGAUUCUAUAGCGGACUAAUAGAAUCGCUCUUCUCCCUCACUCAAAUGUUGCUCAUGAUCCCCUGGGGCCGAGCCGCCGAUUACUGGGGACGCAAACCCGUGCUGGUAUUCUCCUUGGGCGGCGUCACUGUUGCCACGGCCGUCUUUGGCCUCAGCAAGACCAUCUGGCAGAUGAUCCUGCUCCGCUGCUUUGCGGGCAUCUUCGCAGGCACUAUCGUGACCAUUCGAACGAUGAUCACGGAGAAUAGCACACAAAAGACUCAAGCUCGGGCAUUUAGCUUCUUCGCAUUCGCAGGCAAUCUAGGCAUCUUUUUGGGCCCCUUACUCGGCGGUACGCUUGCAAAGCCGGCGACGGUAUACCCUCGUCUCUUCGGCCAUAUCAGAUUCUUGCGCGAAUACCCUUACGCAUUGCCUACGAUCGUGACGGGCUCCAUCGGGGCUGUUGCCACUAUAACUAGUGCAGUAUUCAUCAAAGAAACAUUGGUCCGUACAUCCAAGUCUUCAUCUUCACUUGACCCUCCGCCCAUGUCGACGCUCGAGCUGCUCCGGUCCCCAAAUGUGCCUAUCACAUUAUACAUCUAUGCACACGUGAUGCUGCUGGCAUACGCGUACACGGCCAUUAUCCCUGUCUUCUUCUUCACCCCCAUCUCGCUGGGUGGGUUCGAACUCGGGCCGUUCCAGAUCUCGCUGUUCAUGGGCAUUGGCGGACUCAGCCAGGCAUUGUGGCUUUUGCUUGUGUUCCCUUGGCUGCAAGCACGGAUCGGCACGAGUGGUGUCAUGCGCCUCUGCGCGAUCGCGUAUCCCUUCUUCUUUGCCGUGCUACCGCUCUGCAACAUCCUCCUCCGCAAUCGGUUGAACGCGAUCUUCUGGGCCAUCGCCCCAGUCAACCUCGUCAUCGGCAGCGGCGUCAGCAUGUCCUUCACCGCGAUCCAGCUUGUUCUUAACGAUGUCAGCCCCAGCCCUCAGGUGCUCGGGACGCUCAAUGCCCUCGCACUCACCAUUAUAUCGGGGAUCCGCGCGUUCUCGCCAGCUCUGUUCGCCAGCCUGUUCGCAGCCAGUGUGCGGAGCCGCAUCUGGGGCGGCCACCUCAUUUGGAUCCUUAUGUUAGCUUUCGCCAUCGGUUUCACUGUGAUUAGCCGUUGGGUGCCAGAGAAGGAGAAAACCAGUAAAAACGCGGCGCAGGCAGACGGUGAAUGA